AUGUGGCACAGAGGGAGUCACACCAUAAUCAGUGUUGAUGGGGCAACAGUGGAAAGUGUGAACCACAUCACACUCCUACGGUUGCAAAUCUUGGAGAACCAGUCCAACCCUAAACACUGCAGCCAUCCUGGAAAAGGUACAACGGCAAAGAACAAACUCCCCUGUUACGUGUUCUUCCACACACCAAGCAAACAACUUCACACACGUAUCAAGAUGACAACUCUGGAUGUGAUGAACAACAGCAAGAUAGACAGACAGAGCAUGGACAGACAAUCACAAUCCAACAGCCCCAGACCUACUAUACAUGAUGACACACCUCGUUCUCUGGGCUUCUGCGGCUGGUUUUUCAUCAUCCUCUCUGUCAUUUUCACUGUAUCACUGCUUCCUGUCACCAUAUUUAUGUGCAUCAAGAUUGUGCAGGAAUAUGAGAGAGCUGUGAUCUUUCGUUUGGGUCGCAUCAUGGACAGAAAACCAAAAGGGCCAGGAAUGUUUUUUGUGCUGCCCUGCACUGAUACCUUCACAAAGGUGGACUUGAGAUCUAAGUCAUUUGAUAUUCCGCCUCAAGAGAUUCUGACCAAGGACUCUGUGACAGUGUGUGUGGAUGGUGUGGUUUACUUCCGGGUCAGUGAUCCCAUCUCGUCUGUGGCGAACGUGACAAAUGCUGACCUGUCCACCCGUCUGCUUGCCCAGACCACCCUGAGGAACGUCCUGGGCACUAAAAACCUGGCAGAGGUUCUGUCUGACAGAGAGGGCAUCUCCCACAACAUGCAGUUUGCUCUGGAUGAGGCCACACAUCCGUGGGGUAUCAAGGUGGAGCGUGUGGAGAUUAAGGAUGUCAAACUCCCUCAGCAGCUCCAGAGAGCAAUGGCGGCAGAAGCGGAAGCCUCUAGAGAGGCUCGUGCCAAGGUGAUAGCAGCAGAGGGAGAGAUGAAUGCCUCGCGGGCUUUAAAGGAGGCCUCUCUGGUGAUUGCUGAGUCACCUUCAGCCCUGCAGCUCCGCUACCUCCAAACACUCAACACCAUCGCAGCCGAGAAGAACUCCACCAUCAUCUUCCCUCUGCCCAUUGACCUCCUACAGCACUUCAUGUCCAGGAAAUAAUCUGAGAUUCAGUCUGAAAAAACAAGCCUGUUCGUUUGGCUGUAAGGGUUUUAUUUUGGUUUUGCACUAGAGUUACGAGGCUAAUGUAGCUGAAUAGUAAUGCAGGUAUAUGUUACACAGAAGCUUUUGGCUGAUGUAGACUUAUAUUAUAUUAGCAUCGUAGCUCCAAUGCAAUGAUGGAAAAGAAAACUUUGGGCACCAAAUAUGUCUGUCUUGUAUAAAUUAUUUUUUAGUUAAUCAUCCUUUAAAACACUCAGAAGGCAAAGAAAGAUCAUUUAUUUUUACUAUUUGAACUGUCAGCUGACAUCUGAAGGGUUUCAUUCCAAAAUGCAUAAUAGACCACUUUCAAGAAAUGUCUUUUUUUACAUGAUAUACAUUAUUCUUGGAAGUGGACUUCCAACAAUACACCUACAAGAAAUAUCAAUGCUGCAUCAUGAUUAAUGCCACCUUUACUAGAGAAACAAAAAAUGUGUUUUCAAUUAUACAUCAGCUGUUUUUCUUUACAAAA